AUGAUUGUGGACAGCAGCCGCGACGAGCUGCCGGACGGCGGCGGCGGCGUCGACGGUUCCAUCAGCAGCCCUUUUAACCUGGCCUUUUUUUACGGAGCUUCUCCCCACUCCAGCGAGGGGAGUUGCUCGCCCACGCACUCCUCGCCGGGGUCCCCGGGGUCCGACUCGAGCCACAGUAGCUGCGGCGGCGACUUCGGCGCGAGGCGCUAUUCCCGGCGCGGCGCGCGCUCAGCCGGGGAAGGUAUACAGAUUUCCUACAUCCGUCGCGCGCGCAGUCCCAAAAACAAACCUUCGGGGCGGAGGGAUUUCUACGCCGCUUCUUCGACGGAGCGGUCUGAGGCGAGGGGGCCGUUCAGAGGGUGGUGUCGCCGGUCCGUCGCGUUUAGUAUCCCGCCGCUUUUCCUUUCUUUUUUAUGUGGUAUAUAUAAAGUCUCCUUUGCGCCUUUGGCAAGCCGCUCUGAGCGGUGAGAGCGCGCUCACGCUCCGCGGCACUUCGGUUGUUUGGAUAGGUUUGGGGCGAGGAGAGGAUAAAGGGGCUGCUGCAGUCAGUGCGAGACGACAGCGGGGAGGGGGGCACUUAAAAUUCCAGAAGGGUCGUUCAGGUACCACUUACGGGACGCUGGCAACAGCAUGUUCUUUUAAAGCUUGACAAAUAUUUAUUGGAAAGGGUGAAUCCGGAUUAAAUGACGGGCGAGAGAGAGAGUGUGUGUUUGUGUGUUUUCGUAUGCGUAUUCGUAUGCAUAUGCAUGCAUAUCCCACCAGGUCCCAAUAAAACAAAGACUGUUACAAAAACAAAUAAUACCAUUCCACCCUCAAAACCGUAUAGAUGUUGAUGCCAAUUGCGUUGCGUGGCUGCUUUGGAAAACUUGGAACAGUUGAGUUUCCAGCAUUCCAGGGGUUGGACUAGAUUACCCUCGGGGUGCCUUCCAGCUAUACAGUUCUGUGAUUCUAUGAGCUCGGAUCCUGCAAUGCACGCCUGUCUGGAAACCCAGGAUCAUAGUCUCCUUCAGGGGGCUAGUUUCUGAGUUCCUUUCCCUGCCACCGUGUAGCUUUACUCUCAGCGCUGUUGAAAAAGAUGGCUUCUUUGGUUAGGCACUAAUUCGCCCUUCCAAACUGCAUGGGUUCCUGUUUGUAUGUUGCUGCAACAUAUGCCAUAGCUGUCAACUUUCAGAUUUGAAAAUAAGGGAUCAACAGCCUCACCUGACCCGGGGACAGUCUACGGGAUAUCUAACAAUCCGGGAUAGCAGCGGGAAGCAGCAGGAAAUGGCACUGGAAUAAGGGAAUUUCCAACAAAAAAAGGGAAGGUUGACAGCUAUGAACAUAUACAGCCGCACAGCUCAAAGUGCCUCAUUCCGAUUUGCAAGUUAGUGCAGAGUUGCUUGUUAUUGGUGGGCAAGGGGAGCGCUUUGCAUGCGAGUGUGCACACAGACACACACACAAAGAGAAAGCACAUCAGUGGCUGAAAAGGUGAAAUACACACAAGUAUUUCAGUAUGCCCAAGCAUAACGUGGGAAGUGACCAUUACUGUAAACCAGCCUAGGCUCCACCAAGUGCAUUGAAUGUGUUCUCGGCUCCAUAAUGAAAAAGGUCUAUGGAUUUUUAGUACAGUAUGGUAAACAUAUGUCCAAAGUCACCUUGAGUUUCUUAUCUCAAGUUGCAAUACACUUUGCACCUGCACAUCCCCCAGUGCUGCUCUGUUGGUGAAAGGGUUUUAUGAAGGUUGUGGAAGUUGCUUUGGGUGCUUAUUGUGAGAUCAGUCCCGCUCAUGCUUGAGUGCAUGGGCAUCAAGAUGCAACUCCCCCCCCCCCAUUGGUCUAGAUUCACCCUUUGCAUGGAGUAUCCCAAUAAAUGAAAGAAACUUGUUGACACCAACCGUUUGCAAUAUCUGAACGAUGCAGUUGUAAAAGCCACCUCAAGAAGCACUCUUUCCCUCUUUCCCCAAGUGCACAACACGGCAGGCUGCUGAAGUGCCAGCAGUUUGUAUCCAUUUCGUGAAGAAACUGAAAAAUUGUAGUUAAGGCGUCUUAUAUCAGUUAGUUUGGAAUUCACCAGUAUUUUCAGGUAUGAAAUGUCCUUAAGCUUUUAGGUAGAAUUAAGCAGCGUGUAAGCAGGAUACUACAGUCAUGCCAAUUAAUGUGGGUCUGAGGCGAGUUUAUCCUACUGACCCUUUCCAGUGAGGUAGAAUCUUCUGUCAAUUAUUUCUUGUGUGUGUUUGUGUUCAGGAAGUACAAAUUUGCAAAAUUCUGGCUUGUAUUAACUUUUCGUUAUAGUUGUUUGCUGUAUUACUGAGGGAGAAAUCAAAUAAUUUGUUAAGCACAUUAGUGUGAUUUGCAAAUAAAGUUCAAUUAAAAUUCCAGGUACUGGAAGAUAAAAUAGAUUAGUGUGGUUCCCCCAAUUUAACUGGAAAAGAAAAUGGCUAAGUCUGGUAACUUUUCUGAAAUGACUCAUACUCAGGCUUUUGAAUCUUAUAACACUUCAUGAAAGUUGAACGUUUUGUAUUGACUUGCUAACACAAUUCAUUAUGUAGAAAGAUUUCACUUUUAUUUUUUGUACAACAUGUUGUGUGGAGUGAACAAGGACAAAGCUAUCUAUACCAAAUAUAAAUAGGCAGAGAGGCACAAUUUAUUUAAACAAUGUAAUAUUUUUUAUUUCCAAAUAGUGCUUCUUAUAACUGUAAUGGCUUUAGUUUCUUAUGCACCUGUUGCAGUUGAAAUGAUAUACAGUUAAGAACCUCAGUUGUCUUUUUAUAUAAUUUCAUGGUGUUUUUAGUGCUGAAGUUGCUUCCACAAAUUUUCUUUCAUUCAGGAAUUAUCUUAAAAGGUAGCAUAACAAUAUCGGUUGUGUGUAUCUUCAUAAUAUUAAAAUAGUGUGAUGAUUUUCUUUCUCUGGCCAGUUUGAUCUUUUUCCAUAAGAAAACUAUUGUUGUACUAUAUUUUUUAUUUUACAUUGGUUUGUAUUUUCUACAAGUAAUAAUCUGAAGUAGUUUAUUAAUUGAAAUAUUUUGUUUUGUUUUUGAUUGCUUUCACAAUAUUUUCUCAAGUAGACACCAGUUCUGUCUUGAAAGAUACAAUAUAAGGCAAUUUAAUGAAGGACAAUUAAUUGCUUUAACUAGACAUACCUGUAAAGAGGAAAUCAUUUGCCCAUAAAUUGGGGUGGUGUUUUUUUUUUUUUCUAGACAGAAAUUCCAGUUCUCCAGCAAUUGGUUUUUCAGAUUAUUUAAAUGUAGUGUAAACCACAGUGCUUCUAUAUAUAAACUUGGAAGGGUUUGUACUUUUUAAAAUGAAGUCACAACUUCUCUCUUGGAUAGUAUUACAGUACAUUGUUGUUUCCUCUUUUCACUUCUGUUUUUUCACCUUCAGAGUAGACUAUGUUAAAAGGAAUGAUGACAUAAGAGAAUGAAUGUAAUAUUUCCAGUUCAUCUCUUUGGUUGCACAUUUUCUUGGACAAGUGGAUUCAUUAUGGAGGUGACAGGCACAAGUAAUUCUGAAAAUUCAUUCACGUAAAGCCAUGUUAAUGCUAAAAUAUCCUUUAUAUGGGACAUACUUUUAAGGUUUUGUGUAAUUAAUUUAGGAUUAGCUAUGUUUCUUGGCUAAAAUUAUGUACAAAUCCACCCUCUCUUAAAAAACUCAAUAAUCUGUUUAAUUGUUAUCAGUGUUUUAUUUUAUUUCUCAUUGUUUGUGUCUCAACAGUUGAGCAACGUAUGGGGGGAGGAAAGCAACAAAGAGGACCUUUUCAAGGUGUUCGUGUGAAAAACUCAGUGAAAGAGCUGUUGCUGCACCUCAGAAACAGCAAGCAGAUGUCCUCAGACCAUGGUGCAGAUGAAUUAAAGGUGCGGAACAUUACUUUUCUUUUAAAAUAAUUUUAUUCAGAAUUAUAAAUGGCACAGUCUCUCAUCUUUUAAAAUGUCAGUAGCGUACAACUGUAUACAGGGCAUAAUUAGCAUAUGGAAUUCAUUCCUGUUAGAUAGGGUAAUUAAUGGCAGCUAGCUUGCCUACCUUUGAAAAAAAGAAAUUUGUUGCGCCUCAAUUUGUCGGUGAAUAUAAGAUUUGAUAGCUAAAAAUGGAAUGUUCAUAAAUUCAAAGAAGUAUGGCAGAUGCUGGAAUCAUAAAACUAGCACUUUCUGCAGAUGUAUAGUCUGAUGGUGAGCAAACGUUCUGCUUGGUAGAGCUUUGGUCUGAUCUAAAAUGGCAGUUCUUAUUUUCAUAAUCAGCGAUUCUGUGUUUUGUUUUCCCUGAGAACUUUACCCCUCCCCCUUCUACAUAGUUAAACUUUAAAUUUUAUAUCAUUUGUUUUAGUCCUUUAAAAUUGUAAAUCAGCCUUGGCAGAAAGUCAGCAUAUAAAUGCUGCUUGUUGUUGUUGUUGUUAUGGCUUGUGCUGUUUUAGCUACAUAAGGGCCAGCAGUUGCACAGUAAAUUCAUUAUUGAUAUAUAGGAAAAAAGCUUUAGAAAACAGCAAUAUAAAAAUUUCAUUAUGUAGGGUCCUCUUCAUACAGCAGUUCUGUGUACCAGUUUAAGCAUGUAUCUGCAGGUGCUACAGAUUUUAAAAUUAGCAAGUUCUACAAACUUAUUCAUACAUUCCUUGAAUUGUCUUGCAAAUAUAUAACUGUAUGAUUAAGCUAUAAUGACAAAACAACAUCAUCUGGAAAUAUUUAAGAUUCUGAAAAUGCAUAUACUUUUGUGAUAUUACUGGCUCGUUCAGAGAGGUAAUGCUUUCCAAACAAAGUAAGAAUCAGAUAUCAGUUUGAAUAACAAUAUUUUCAGAAAUUACCUGCACACAUGCAAAUUUUUCAGUCAGCUACUCUUCACAUUUAUGAGUAAUAUGUUGAAAUGCUUGGAAGAUUAACUGUAAAAGCUAUUUUCCCGCCACAUUUUGUUUUGUUAAAAUUAUCCUGUACCAUACUGGAGUAGUAGAUAACAUAGCAGGUUGAAACUCCUAGUGAGUUUGCUUGGCUUUGUUUGGAUGAAUCAGAAUACAUUGUAAAAGCUGUAACUAAUAAUGGAGUUUUAGGACAGUGCAGUCCUAUGCAUAUCUACUCAGCUCAUUGAGUUCCAUGGGUCUUACUUCCAGGUAAAGCUGUAAAGGAUUGCAGUCUGCAUCUGACGGGCUUCUUCUCAAAACAUUCCUGAAAAUAUCUAGAGUGUACUGAUUUUUCAGAACAUUUUAAUGUGAUUUUAGAACUUAAUUAAUAUAACAUUAGAAAAAGUUAGCAUGGUUCCUCUUGUCAUUAGAGCUGCCUUAAGACUUGGAGAGAACGUUUUCACUAUAUUAUAAAUAAUUCCAUUUUUUAAUUUUAAAAAACAGGUACACGGAGGAUUACCAAAUUAUGACCCAUACACAGGUACAGUGUUUUACUUAUAUCCUUUAAGUACUUUAGAUGUGUUAGUAUUUAGAAAAGCAUACUUGAAAAGCAGGGUACAAACUGAAACUUAGCUUUUUUUCUUCUUUUUUUCAUUAGAGUUGAAGAACAUAUUAACUAAUGGUCGAAAAAGAAAAGCUCAGGACUCAUUUUCAGAUGUAUCCUGUUAUAAAAGAACAGCUCCUUUCCAACCUCACCUCCUGGUAUGUAUUUUUCUAGUCAUUGCUCACAUUGAAACACAUUUCUCACCUGCGCAGGAUCAUUCAAAAUUUGCAUGCUCUUAUUUUACAGACACCUCCACAGACACCAACAUCAAUGGAUAGCAACAUGGAGGACACCCAUAUGAAUGAUCCCAAACAAGACAGCAGUUGUGAUAUGCUGCAGAACAUUAUGAAUAUUAAGAAUGAAUCCUGCCCAGUUUCUUUGAACACAGUGCAAGUGAGCUGGCUUCACACCAUGACUAAUGCUAACUCUCCAGGGGAACAGUAUCAAGAGAUGGUUGGAACACAAGCUUUGUCACCUCCUCAAAGGUACCAAGCAUUUCAAGCAAGCAGCCCCUCACAGAUGAUGGAGCUACCCCAGAAUUAUCAGUUUUCUUCCACACAGACCCAGAACUUGUCUCAGCAUUACAAUCCCCUUAUGGAUUGCAGGCCGCACUCCACUAGCAGCCAGUCCUCUGACUAUCAGCAUGUUUUUGAAAGCCAAGAACUGCAGUACUGCCCUACUCAAAGCUUUGCUUCUCUCUUAAGUGAUUCAGAAGGGUCAGACAUCUCUGCCCCCCUCCCUCAACCACUUCCUCAGCAAACUGAUGUCAGCAGCCACCCUCAGAAUUUCAGUCAGCUACCCAGUAAUUUCUGUGGUGCUCUUGAAGAACAUGGCGUACCAUUGGCUACUUCAAAUAUGUCUGUGCAACAUCAGGGUAUCGCCAGGAACACAGCGCAGCUGGGCAAAUCCUUCUUCCAGUGGCAAGUGGAACAGGAAGAAAGCAAACUGGCCAACAUCUCUCAAGAUCAAAUUCUUGCCAAAGACGCUGAUGGUGACACGUGAGUUUUGUUCAUGCUGUUAACCAGUACUAAAAUGGAGAUAAUAUGCUUGCAAUAAGACACCUCUCUCGUUAAUUGUCAAUUAUUGUAUUGUGCAUUAAAAAUAAUAUGUCACACAGACGUCUAUGGCUGCCCUUCAAAAUGGGAUUAAAUUGAGGUGUGCAUUCAACAGUGUAAUGAUUUAUGGUAUCCCUUGCAGUCUGCAAGUUCCAUAAGUUGUUUGGGGUUUACGAUAUUUUUAAGGGAAGGGGUUUUCAUAACACCUUAAACACAUGUUCUUUUUCAAUAUUAAAAAGGAAACAAACACAGUAUUUAUUCCCCACAGGUUUCUCCACAUUGCAGUUGCCCAGGGGCGCCGAGCAGUUUCCUAUGUGUUGGCAAGAAAGAUGGUAGCCCUACACAUGCUGGAUAUUAAAGAACACAAUGGCCAGGUGAGGCUCUCAGCGUAACUGGCUUCCACUGCACGACUCUAAGACUUAAUGCAAAACACCUUUGAACGCCUGUUAAUAUUAACGUCAAAGGUUAAUUUAUAACGGUGGCCUUAGAAGUACAUUGGCAAGCUGCACUCUGAAAUGGUUGUAGCUUAUUGGGAAUAUUUCAUUAUACUUCGGUGAUUGCUAUUUUCUGGUAGGAUUUUGGUGAACAUCUUGUUUUUCAUUCUUACAGAGUGCCCUGCAGGUGGCUGUGGCUGCAAACCAGCACCUCAUUGUACAGGACUUGGUUAGCCUUGGGGCGCAAGUGAAUACAACAGAUUGCUGGGGCAGGACGCCUUUGCAUGUGUGCGCUGAAAAGGGGCAUGCACAAGUCCUUCAGGUAAGCGGCCAGAGCUGAAUCUUCCAACUAUCACCCUUUCUCCUGACAUGUAGCAUGUACAGUAAAGAUCCUAUAUAUAUAUAUAUAUAUAUAUAUAUAUAUAUAUAUAUGUGUGUGUGUGUGUGUGUGUGUGUGUGUGUGUGUGCGCGCCUUUCCUUUGGUGCCUCUAGUACUUGAGGGUUAUACUAAUACUAAUGCUUUGGAAUCUGGUAAAUGACUGCUAAGGAGCGUGUAUUCCAUUACAUGUUAUGACCUGUGGAACAUGCCACUCCCCAACUCACAAGGCAGCUAAGUUCUCACCACAUCCUGUUCUCCCCACAAUAGGAGGAGUGUAGCUGAGUAUAGAAAGGUAGUUUUUACCCCUAGAAGUGACUGUGUGUGGUAAUACUAUGUGGAACCUGUAGCACACCCCAAAAGUAAUAAAAUUGAGCAAAGAAAGAGCAUUAAAGAAAUUUAAUUGGAGUAGCUGUUUCUGCAGAAUGCUAAGAAAGACUUAGGCUUCACUAUAACUAAUUCCAUUUACAAAAAGCAGUUUACAAAAGGACUGAAUAUUUUUUAAAAAAUCUGUGAGCCUUAGUUCUAAUAUUCUGCAUGACUGUGGAACGCCAUCUCAGUAGAUUUACUGAGUGAAUAAUAUUGGUUACAAUAAUCUAAAUAAUCUAGAAUAAUAUGUGGAGGUUUCAGUUACCAUUGUGCGUAGUUGUACAGGAUAAACUUAUGCUCUCAUUUCGCACCUACAGGCAAUUGAGAAAGGAGCCAUUGUAAGCAACCAAUACGUAGACUGGGAGGCAACAAAUUAUGAUGGUGAGUAGCCAAGAGUCCCUUUUUCUGUGUUGUGUUAGGCAAAAAAACUAAUAAAAACAUGUUGAAUUUGUUGUUGCUGCUGCUUAGGCCCUUGGAUUUCAUAUGGAAUAUUUUACAGGAAUAUUUUAUUAUUGACAUCCACUUCAAAAUAGAAAAAUGCAAAGCAACAUUUGGAGCAGGGGAAGGCAAUCAGGGACUCUACUAAAUACUUUAAGCUAGUGAAAUACAGUGGUGCCCCGCAAGACGAAUGCCUCGCAAGACGAAAAACUCGCUAGACGAAAGGGUUUUGCGUUUUUUUGAGUCUUUCCGCAAGACAAAUUUCCCUAUGGGCUUGCUUCGCAAGACGAAACGUCUUGCGAGUUCUUGCGGGUUUGUUUCCUUUUUCUUAAAGCCGCUAAGCUGUUAAUAGCCGCUAAGCCGUUAAUAGCCGCUAAGCCGCUAAUAGCCGCUAAGCCGCUAAUAGCUGUGCUUCGCAAGACGAAAAAACCGCAAGACGAAGAGAUUCGCGGAACGGAUUAAUUUCGUCUUGCGAGGCACCACUGUACUCGUUCAUAUUUGAUCUUACACUUGAUGCUCUCCAGCUCAUCAAUAUACAAAUCAGAGCCUGCUCCACUGUGUUGGGAAUGCAAGGCAGCUGGACAUGAUGGUAGCAGGAUGACUGCCCCAUGUAAUUUAAGUCAAAAAGUUGGUGCGCCACUGUCAUUAGAGGAAUCAAAAAUCAUAACUACCCAUUGAAACCUGUGGAUAUCUUUUAUUCUUUUCUUAUUUGGGACAGUGGUAUCUGGUAAACCUGAACUAUAUUUUUGUUAAGGGUAUCUAUAUGUGGAAAGGCUUUUCAAAAAUAUGUAUACUUAAUUUUACAUCUUCCAGUUGCCAAGCAACUUUACCUUAGUUCUUUCUCUAAAGUAAUGUUGGAAACAGGUUAAAAAUCCUUUAAGGGUUUGCAUUGCAAACAAACAAACAGCAGUUGAAACCUGGCUUACUGGUACUUGGGUUGACUAAAGUUUCUGAGUCAGUCAUUGGAGAAGGGGGUCAUUCAAAACAGUGUUGUUGUUGUUUUUAAAAAUUGCUCACUUGUUGUGUUUCAUUAUUAGGUUUGACAGCAUUGCACUGUGCAGUGGUGGCUCAUAAUGCGGUGGUACAUGACAUAGAGAGCCAGCAGUCACCUCACACUCCUGAGGUCCAGGAAUUAAGGUUGAAAGGCAAGAGGUUGGCAGACACCAUCAAAUUUCUCAUUGAGAUGCGGGCCUCUGUUGAAGCCAGAGUAAGUACGACAAGAAAAUCAUGAUAACAAGCCCAGAUUUGUGUCAGUGAGUUGAGUCACAUACUAUUUUUUAGCUACUGUUUCAGUGUCUGCACCAGCUUCAGACAGUCUUCCUCAGUCUCCAGAUGUUUUGGACUAUUAUCAGCCCUUGUCAGUAGACAUGUGUAGGAUAGGGGUAUACAUUCCACUAAAUUUAAUGGAACUAACAUUAAACUAACUGAGGCUGCAAUUCUAAGCAUACUUGGAAGUAAACCACAUUGAAAUCACUGGGGCUUAUUUCUGAGUAAGCAUGCUUGAAUUGUUUUGCGUCUCAUUAAUUUAAUUGGGAUUUCAUCAUGGGUGACUCUUGCUGGGUUGUGCAAACACUGAUAAAUCCAGCAGUAGACUGAAAGCUAGGUUCUCUUGGGAGUCGAAGCUUGGAAUUACUUGGUCUUAAUUAUUCUAGAGUUAUCGUGUCCCAACACUGUUAAACUCGGACAAGGGGAGAUAAAGGUUCCAAACUUCAAAUCCCACCCCAGCCUUGAAUCGUUAGGUGCCCCUGUUAUCCCCUAGAUUCAUCUUCUUUCUGUAAAAUGGAAAUAUUAGUGGCGACCUCUGAAGUUGUAGGGACAAAUAAAAGAAACUAUGUAGAGCAGUUUAUGUUUUCAUGCAAUUUAUUAUUAUUAUUGGCAUUUUGUAAGUGGUUCAGUGCUUAUUGUGCAAAAUUAACUGGGCUUCUCCCCAUCCCCUUGGACAGGAUCGUAAAAGUGGCCGUUCUGCCCUUCACUUAGCAGCGGAAGAAGCAAAUGUGGAACUCCUUCGUUUGUUUUUAGAGCUGCCUACUUGCCUUUCCUUUAUCAAUGCCAAGGUACGUUACUGUUGAGCCAGCAGUAGAGAUUAGCAUAAAGCACUAUGUCUAAUUCAGCAUGUAGCUGCUUGAAGGAACAAAGCAUCCUGCGUAUACAUUUUUUAAAAGAAUAAUGGUGUUUCUUCUAUACCUCAUCCAGGCGUAUAAUGGUAAUACCGCACUCCAUGUAGCUGCCAGCUUGCAGCAUCGGGUGAGUCAGCUGGAUGCAGUUCGCUUGUUGAUGCGGAAGGGAGCUGAUCCCAGUGCCAGGAACUUGGAAAAUGAGCAGCCGGUUCACCUAGUACCUGAUGGCCCUGUAGGAGUUGAGGUAAGAUAUCCAACUAGCUGGAGCUCUUUUGAAGUGUAGUGAAUGGUCAUCAGGAUGGACAGCUCUGUCAGUUUUGGCAUCUUUCAGUUUCUCUUCCCCCCCCCAGUCUUAAGUUCAGUCUUCACAUUUCCAUAUUUGUUUGCCUUACAAAAAUAAAAAUCUGCAUCAAAACUCAUCACCAUUUUAGCGCAAAUUUCUCCUAAUAUGAACAUUUGUGCAAUGAAUUUUUCCUGGUGUGUGUGUAUAUAUAAAAUGCAUGCAUUGGUGAAUAUAUUUAUAUUCACCAAUGCAUGCAUUUUAUGAAUUUCAAAGGAUAACUGUGUUUCAAUUUGCACACUGCAAAUUAGGUGGGUUCACAUUAAAAUCCAGACUGAGCUGAAUUCCUCCCUUAUUCCUAGAUAGUAAGUUCAUACUUUAUUUUUAAGAAGAGACUCUUGCUUUGAGAGAUGUUGAGCAACUAAAAAUAAAAAUAUGUGUGGUAUCAACAUAAUUAUGCACUUAGAAUCAUAGAAUUGGGGAGUUGGAAGGGAGUAUGAGGGUCAUCUAGUCCAACCCCCUGUAGUGCAGGAAUCUUUUGUCCAAUGUGGGGCUCGAACCCAUGAUUUAGAUUAAGAGUCUCAUGCUCUGCUGACUGAGCUAUUCCAGUCUGUAAAGCUACGGAUGUAAACAUCAGUCUUUUGAGCUUGGGUUGAUUAUUUACCUGAAUAAUCCUUUACCUGAAAAAUCCUUUAUGCCCUGUACGUUUCUUAGAAACUGCGUCAUGGGCAGGUCAGUAAACAGCUAAACUAUUGCAAUCCUGUUGACUUGACUGACUGUACAGCUGUGGUGAUGAAAUCUGGCUUUUAUACUAUCAGAACUUAUCUGGAAACCUAGUUGGAUAGAUAGCUUUGUUAAUUUCAGUUGAUGUGUAACUGUCAGCGUGGUACAGUCAUACCUCGGGGUGAAUAUGCUUCAGCUUAAAUAUUUUCGGGUUGCGCUCCGCAGCGACCAGGAAGUAACAGAGCAUGUUACUUCCAUGUUUCGCCGUUUGCGCAUGCGCAGACGCUCAAAAUGACGUCACGCGCAUGCACGGAAGCGGCGAAACGCAACCCACGCAGAUACGCAGUCAUGUCUUACGUUCACUUCAGGAUGUGAACGGGGCUCUGGAACAGAUCCCGUUCGCAUCCAGAGGUACCACUGUACUAGGCAUGUUUUCCUUGGAAGUUAAGUCUCCUCACGUUCAAUGAGAGUUAGGUGUUAGUAGAUGUAUUUGGAACUGUAACGUAUUUUUUCAUAAUGUCAGAAUCGGUGAACGUUGAUAACCAGUUGAUUCUCUUUCGUUCUCCAGAUAAGACGGGUCUUGAAAGGAAAAACGACUCAGCAGAGAUCACCAGUCUAUUAA